UGCACGGUGCCUGGCGGGGUGAAGGAGCCGUGGCUGCUCGGGUAGGUCUGGUCCCGCGAGCCAGCCCAAGCUCCAGUCUCGGGCAGGCCCCAGCUGUAGGACAGGCAUCAUGAGCCUGGUGGCCUGCGAGGGUCCGCCUGGCCCUGGCCUGGAGCCGGAGCCCUGCUCGCGAGCACGGUCCCAGGCCUCCGUAUACCUUGAGCAGAUUCGAAACCGGGUGGCUCCAGCAGCCCCUGAGAUAACCAAGCGUGACUACCUUGUGGAUGCAGCCACACAAAUCCGACUGGCCCUGGAGCGCGACGUCAGUGAGGACUACGAGGCGGCCUUCAACCACUACCAGAAUGGCGUGGACGUCCUGCUCCGUGGUGUGCACGUCGACCCCAACAAAGAGCGGCGCGAGGCUGUAAAGCUGAAAAUAACCAAGUACCUUCAGCGGGCAGAGGAGAUCUUUAACUGCCACCUGCAGAAGGCACUGGGCAACGGAACCAGCCCUGGCACGGGCUUCAGCAGCCUAAGGCUCCGGCCCAUCCGCACACUGAGCUCUGCCCUGGAGCAGUUGAGGGGCUGCAGGGUGGUCGGCGUCAUCGAGAAGGUGCAGCUGGUCCAGGACCCAUCGAGUGGAGGGACCUUCGUGGUGAAGAGCCUGUCCAGGUGCCACGUGGCAAACCGGGAGCGGCUGACCAUCAUCCCUCACGGGGUCCCCUACAUGACAAAGCUGUUGCGCUACUUCGUCAGCGAGGACUCUAUCUUCCUGCACCUGGAGCAUGUGCAAGGAGGCACUCUCUGGUCCCACCUGCUCUCCCAGGCACACCCCCAACAAUCUGGACUCCGGCCUGGCACCAGCCUGGAGACGGUGAAGCCUCAGCUCAACUCCCGCCUCGGCCUCCAGACCCCGGCACGGCUUCCCCCAAGCCACACCUGCCCGCAGGACAGAAGGUCCCUGGGGCCUCCACGGACUUAUUGGGGUCUCCCCCCAGCCAGGGAGGCCCCAUUCCAGCAAGAAGCUAAAGGUGAACCCUCAGCCAGGACCAGCACUUCCUGCUGCUCAGACCUUCCAAAGGCCCCAAGUGGCCACCUGCACCCGCCAGGCAGGCGGGGACCUGGCCAGAACUCGGACACAGGGUCCCCUUGGGGCCUUUCUUGGGUUCGAGAGGGGGCUGGUCGGGUGCUAAGGGGCUGUGGCCAGGGCAGAGGCCUGAGCCGCCCCUCGUCGGAUGGAGCCAGCCUGAGGCCCGGUGGGGGUGCCUGGAGCGUGAGAGAAGAGCAGGCGAGGCAGUGGGCGGCAGAGAUGCUGGUGGCCCUGGAGGCGUUGCACGAGCAGGGGGUGCUGUGCCGGGACCUCAAUCCCCGGAAUCUGCUCCUGGACCAAGCAGAAGGUCACGUCCGGCUCACGUAUUUUGGCCAGUGGUCAGAGGUGGAGCCCCAGUGCUGCGGGCAGGCUUUGGACAACCUCUACUGUGCCCCGGAGGUGGGUGGGAUUUCUGAGCUGACCGACGCCUGCGACUGGUGGAGCUUUGGGUCUCUGCUGUAUGAAUUGCUGACGGGGAUGGCACUGUCCCACUGCCACCCCUCAGGAUUCCAACCCCACACCCAGCUCCAGCUGCCUGAGUGGCUCAGUCGCCCGGCAGCCGCUCUGCUGACUGAGCUGCUGCAGUUUGACCCUGCCCGGCGCCUGGGCACUGGAGGUGGUGGCGUGGACAAACUCAAGUCACAUCCUUUUUUCAGUACUGUCCAGUGGAACAAGCUGGUGGGGUAAGAAGGGAGCAGGCAAUGGAUGCAGCUGGACUGGCCUGGAUCUCCUCUCUCCUCUGGGCCCACCACCAGAGCUGGCCCCUGUAACCAUGGGCCUCGGGCACAGCUGCCCUUCCUGCUCGCCCCUCCAUUGGGCCUCAGAAGUCACCACAGCUGCUGCCCAGAGGGCCAAGGGGAUCCUUCAGCCUGCUCCUGAAGUACUUUCUGGUCACUGCCAGGAAGAGGGACAGUGAGGUGCACCCUGCCAGGCAGCUAGGACCCCGCCACCCUCCACUCAUCAGUCAACAGAUACCUGUCGACACCGCUCCGUACUCUGAGCACCAGGCUAGGUGGCCUCUGUCACCGUACUGUCCAGUGACUGCGACAACCGUGAGGCUUUGUGACUCACUACCUGCCAUGCUGUGACCACUUGGGACAUCUCUGGACAUUCAUCUCAGGAUACUAGUUCCCAGGCCCUGUGGACCCACACCAGGGCUGCCCUGGCUGGUAAUUUAGCCUCACAACUGGUGGACAUCAUCUGCCAGAAGCAGGGGCUGGGGAGGCUGGGGAAGCGGGGAAGAAGUCUGUAGUGGGCAUGGGGUGUGGCGGGGGAGCCACAGUCCCCUCUGUGCAGAGCAGAAGGGAGAGGAGGGAACAGGAGGAGGAGGAGGAGGAGGAAGGGAACAAGUUUCCUUCACAGCCCUGCUACUCAGAGCAACUUUGAAAACAGACUUAAGAGCUCCCUCCCAGCUGGCCCCCAGGGAAAGGGAAAGGGUGACCUGCCCACAGCGAGAAGAGACUGUACAGCCUGGAGCCGCUAAGACUACCUGUACCCACUAGGAUUCCCAUCUUGGGUAGCUGUCCAUUUUUGCUUACCGUUUGCAUUUUAGUCUUGAGGACCCCCUUGACUCACUGCCCGCUGUGACCUCAUCCCCUUGGGAAAUGAGGACCCACAAUAUACAGGGAGUGAUUACCCACACUUUUAGCCAGAAGCAAGAUGUUUCUGGCCUUUGGAGAGCCGGAGUUAGUCGUUAUUAAACACAAUUCCCUCCCCAGGUUCGGGGACCCUCUUUACUCCUAAGACUCAUCUUGUCACUAAGAUAUUUCCCCAGACCUGUGUCCAGCUUCUGCCCACAGGUGUUCACUACCACCAGGUGGCGCCUCGAUACUGUCCUUUAGUCUGGCUGUGAAGGCACAAACUCUUAGCUCUGGCUUAAGAGGACGAGGCGAAGGGCAUCUUGUGAAUGGCUUUGGCUUGCUCUGGAGCUUGCCAGCGCCACCCAAUAAAGUUAUUCCCCAAUAAACCCUGCUGCUGCCUAUGGUGUCCAAGUCUCAUGAAAACAGUUAACAGAGCCCUGAGGAAGGGGGGCCUGAAAGGGUCCUCAGAGAAGCUCCAUGAUAGACUGGAGUGUGUCUGAGGGGGCGGCAGGGCUGAUAGUGAACAGCAUGUCAGCCUGUGGCCUGCAGCCCAGCUUUGAGCCCGAGGGCUAGUGCUGGAAAUGUUGGGGACAGGAAGCUCUGUGGGGAACUUUACAAGCGGGUUCUCGUGGGGGUGGGAAUAUUAGUUUAAUGCGACUUUGACAUGGAUAAGGACUCCCGAAUCACUGAAGUUCAGAGGUUAGUGAUGGGAAAUGGUCAGAGCCUGGCAGAGCCAAUGUUUACAGGCCUAAAUUUCUUCUGCACCCCUAAGUCAGGCCAGCCUACAUCCAGCUACUGUUGUGUGAAGCAGGAAUUGCUUCUGAAAGUUUUAGGCUUUGCUCAUGCACUGACAAUGUACUCUGGCACUUGUUAGAAUUCUAGUCUUGAAUUCUAUAGUUCUAGUCCUAGGCUAAGUCUACCUCCUUUUGGUAAGGUGGGAUUAAAAAUCUCUG